AAGAGCACCGGGAGAUACAGGGAUUGAAUGAAGUGUUGGACGAGAAUAGUGGUGACCCGGAAGCGAAAGAGGAGACACAAGAAGUGCAGACUUUGGACACAGAGGUCGACGACAGAGACAGAGAUGAGAGGGAAGGACCGGAAGAGAUGUCGGAAGCAGAAGAGGGCGGAGAGAGUGGUGUCGGAGAAGAAGAGGUUGACAGAGAAGACAGCGUUGAUUGUGAACCGAUUGCCAGCACUAGUAGUUCGGGUGAUAAGAGUGUCUCCAAUGAGCGCCCAUUUGUGUGUUUUUGGCCCAAUUGUGGCAAACGAUUCACUCGAAAAGAUCAUCUCAAAGACCACAAGAGUGCCGUCCAUUUGAAGCUUAAGAGAUUCAGAUGCGAUGUCGAGGGUUGUGGUCAACUAUUUUUUCAGAAGUCUAAUCUCAAUCAACACAAACGGCUGCAUUCGGGAGAAAAGCCAUUCAAAU